AUUCAGUUUGAUUGUUUAAGAACCGAUUGUACUAUAAGCGAACCCAGUUCGACUGCUUUCCAUGCGAAGCACAGCGGCAAAAUGCCCUGUACACUUUCUGUCUUUCCCGCCAUAACCGCCAUUCCCCAGUUCCCGGAAAAUCCAAGAGCGCUGAUACUAGAACAAUGCAAAACCACCAAAGACAUCAACCAAAUCCAUGCCCACCUUCUCAAAACACGCCUCGUCCUUAACCCGGCAGUUGCUGAAAACCUCCUCGAAUCUACCGCCAUUCUUCUCCCCAACACCAUGGACUAUGCUCUCUCGAUUUUCGGAGAAAUGGACGAACCCGACUCGUCGGCUUAUAACAUCAUCAUUAGGGGCCUAACGUAUAAGCAAUCCCCUCAUGAGGCUGUACUUAUGUUCAAAACAAUGCUCGAAAACUCGGUAGAACCCAAUGAGUUUACUUUUCCUAGCAUCUUAAAGGCUUGCUCUAGAUUAAGAGCACUGAGGGAAGGUGAACAAGUCCAUGCGCACUUUGUGAAAUGCGGGUUUGGAUCUAAUGGUUAUGUUGAGAACACCUUGAUUCACAUGUAUGCAAAUUGCGGUAGAGUUGAGGUUGCUCGUCGGGUGUUUGAUGGAAUGUUGACGAGGGAUGUUGUUGCGUGGAAUUCGAUGUUUGCUGGGUACACGAAAAGCGAGUGUUGGGGGGAGGUUUUGAAGUUAUUCUGUAGAAUGCGAGAAUCGGAUGUUAGCUUUGAUGAGGUUACGAUGAUUAGUGUUCUGACAGCGUGUGGGAGGUUGGCUGAUUUGGAAUUAGGGGAGUGGAUUAGUGAGCAUAUAGAGGCAAAUGGACUACAGAAAAACCUUCCUUUGAUGACUUCUCUUGUUGAUAUGUACGCAAAAUGUGGCGAAGUGGAUACUGCACGAAGGUUGUUUGACCGGAUGGGUCAAAGAGAUGUUGUGGCAUGGAGUGCCAUGAUUUCUGGAUAUAGCCAAGCAAAUAGAUGUAGAGAGGCUCUCGAUCUGUUUCACGAAAUGCAACAAAAGGCCAAUGUGGAGCCCAAUGAGGUCACCAUGGUCAGUGUUCUUGAUGCUUGUGCCGUCCUUGGAGCUUUUGAUACUGGUAAAUGGGCUCAUUCCUAUAUAAAGAAGAAGAAAAUGAAACUCACUGUUAACCUUGGAACUGCACUGAUAGAUUUCUAUGCAAAAUGUGGGUCCGUAGACAGUUCUAUUGAAGUAUUUACAAACAUGGAUACGAAAAAUGUAUAUACAUGGACAGCAUUAAUUCAAAGUCUUGCCAGUAAUGGACAGGGGAAAAGGGCUCUUGAUUUCUUCUAUAUGAUGCGGGGAAAGAAUAUUGAACCAAAUGAUGUAACUUUCAUUGCUGCUCUUGCUGCUUGCAGCCAUGCAGGUCUGGUUGAUGAGGGUCGAAGUCUUUUCUUCAGCAUGACUAAAGACUUUGGCAUUGAGCCAAGAAUUGAGCACUAUGGUUGUAUGGUAGAUAUUCUUGGUCGAAUGGGAUUGAUAGAAGAGGCAUAUCAGUUUAUAAAGAACAUGCCCAUCCAACCCAAUGCUGUUGUUUGGAGAACACUAUUGGCUUCAUGCAGGGUUCAUAAAAAUGUUGAAAUUGGAGAAGAAUCAUUCAGGCACAUAACCAGAUUGGAGCCUCCUCAUAGUGGGGAUUACAUACUUCUAUCAAAUAUUUAUGCAGUGAUUGGUCGACGUGAGGAUGCACUGAGGGUGAGGAGUCAGAUGAGGCAGCAGAGAAUUAAAAAGGCACCAGGUUGUAGCUUGAUCGAGAUAAAUGGAGUAGUUCAUGAAUUUUUAUCGGAAGAUGAUGGACAUCUUGAUUUUAAGGAGAUAUAUAGCACAAUCGAAGACAUGAUGAAACAGAUAAAGUCAGCGGGUUAUGAGCCUAACCCAGCAGAUGCAAGACUGGAUGCUGAGGAAGAUUAUCAGGAAGCUUCAGUCUCUCACCAUAGUGAGAAGUUGGCCAUUGCCUUUGGUCUUAUCAGAACUCCACCCGGAACUACAAUCCGAAUAUCAAAGAAUCUUAGAGUAUGUACAGACUGCCACAAUGCCACAAAGAUAAUCUCAAGGGUCUAUAAUAGAGAAAUCAUAGUUAGGGAUCGGAAUCGCUUCCAUCAUUUCAAAGACGGAUCUUGUUCUUGCAACGACUACUGGUAAACCCCACACUCUAGAUACAUUGCACGACUUAUUAAAGAAAACUUUCCCAAUUGUAGAACAAAGAGAAUAAAGAGAUCUAUUGUCAACCUCAUAAUGGGUGUGAGCUUGACUUGGAGAUUUUGUAAAAAAAGAAAGCAAUGCGAUUUCGUUCGUCCAACAAUCUUCAGAACCACUGAUUGAGGAUUAUUUAGCUUAAUCCUAAUAAUAAGAUAUAAAUCUUGUUCGC